UGUUGCUUAAAUAGGGACUUAAGUAUUAAAAGUAUUUUAAACACUAUGCUUUUAUUUCAUAAACAUUACAGGAAAAAAAAAUGUCGGGUUGUUGUCACAAUUAAAGCAUUACAAACACAAAGAAAAUUUAAGCCCUGUGUUUUUAGCGCGUCUUUUCAGCCAAUCCAAUCUUCCAGCGCCGCGCCGUCUCACAUUUUGCGUCAUCACUGUGAGACCUGUUCUGGCAGGCAACAUGGCUCACGUCACUGUUUGUGGAAGUUUCGAUAUUUUGGACUGAUCUCCUGUAACUGGAAGGAUGGCCAUGGAUAUGACCUUCCUCGGAACCGGGUCGGCUUACCCGUCUCCUCACCGCGGCGCCUCGGCUGUGGUGCUGCGGACGGACGGGGAGUGCUGGCUGUUUGACUGCGGAGAGGGAACCCAGACCCAACUGAUGAAGAGCCAGCUCAGAGCCGGGCGCAUCACUAAGGUUUUCAUCUCCCACCUGCAUGGCGAUCACCUGUUCGGGUUGCCUGGUCUCCUCUGCACCGUGAGCCUCAACACCAACCCCGACGUCGAGCAGAGCCUGAAAUGUGUGGACAUCUACGGGCCCCGGGGCCUCAGGAAGUUUCUCAGAGUGACUCUUGGCCUCACAGGAUCUCAGCUGCUCUUCCCGUAUGCAGUGCAUGAGCUGCAGCCCACACCAGACCAGAGUCCUGAAGAGGGACAGCUGAGUCUGGAGAUGACUGUGGACUGCAGCCCUCCCCAUCCUCAGGAGCAGCCUGGCAGGACGAUUCCUCUGGACGUCUCCGGCGACUGUUACCUCCUCUUCCAAGAUAACAAGUUUGUCGUCAAGGCCUUCCGGCUGUUUCACCGCAUCCCUUCCUUUGGCUUCUGCAUCCAGGAACAUGAUCGUCCCGGAAGACUGAAAACAAAACUACUAAAGGAGCUCGGUAUUAAACCAGGACCUCUGUACGGCCGUCUCAAAGCUGGCGAGUCUCUGGUUCUUGACAGUGGACGCUUACUGCAUCCCAGUGAGGUUCUGGAAGCAGACAUUCCCGGGAGGAAAGUCUGUGUUUUCGGUGACUGCAGCUCGGUGCUUGGUGAAGGAGCUUUCCGUCUGUGCGACAGGGCAGACGUUCUGGUCCACGAGGCCACCCUUGGGAACGAGCACCGGGAGAAAGCUGUGGACCACGGACACAGCACGCCCGAGAUGGCAGCGGCCGUGGCUCGGACUUGCUCUGCACGGAGGCUGGUCCUUUAUCAUUUCAGUCAGCGCUACAAACCCAGUUCCCUACAGAAGGAGGGAGACGAGGACGAAGUCUCAGAGCUCAAGAAGCAAGCUGACCAGGCUUUACAGGACAGUGGGGUAGAGGUGAUUCUGGCAGAGGACUUUUUGACCAUUCAAAUUCCUCUCAAAAGACAGCCGUCCAGUUAAGUGGAUAUGAUUAAUCUAACGUGUGUCAUUUAGUCCUUAUUUAUCACUGACUGUCAUUUCCUUGUUCACUGUAAACCAAAAUGUUACCCAGACAUACAAAUACACUCUAAAGCUUUUCUUAGAAUGCUUUUUUGUUUUUCUCAAUUUUCUUUAAAGUAAAACAAAAAAAAAAAAAAGCAAAUAAUUCAAGUCCUCCAGCAGGUUCUGGCAUAACUUCUGUUUGAUGGUAAAUGAAGGUUAAUUGCCUGUACUGCAGUAAAUGUUUGCUAAUAACUCAAGUAUAUAAUGACAAUUGUUUAAUUGCAGCAUGCAAGUUGUUGAGGGCGUUAGGAAACUUCCACUCGGUUAGCCUGAUAAAAACCAGCUCCUUGUUCUACGCUUUGCUUCAAACAGCGAGUCCGAACGCCCGGCUAUUGACAAAUGACCGCUUGCUGGAGGGUUGGGCUUUUAAUAAACUUGCAGGGUAGGAAUGAAUGUUUUAUUAGAUGUUCAAUAUUUAUCUUUAAGAUAACUGUUCUCACUUUCUUCUACUUGCUGGACAAAUCUCCCUGUAAAACAUUCACCUCAGGUAUUCAUGUUUGAGGAAUGGGGGGCUUGCUAUCACUGUUUUCAUCUUUAGUAGAAGUUAUGAAUUGAAGCUUUAUCAUGCUUUGGCAACUUUUAUCUGCAUUUAUUUUUUUUGAUGCCUUUUUCAAAAUUCUCAAUUUCAGUCAGAUGAAUCUUACAAGUUCUGACCGUUGGCUUGACACCCAUUUUUCUGGGAUGUCAACUUUUCUUCUACAGUUUUUCUUUUCUCUUUUUCUUAAUUUCGUUGUUCAAUAUACUGACCUCUGUAAUAUUAUUAAAGACAAAAAGAAGUAUGCAAUCAUCUCUGAAGUUUUUCCAGAGCUUUAUUUCUGGAUCUGUACACAAGGUAUUAAAGUACAACAGAAAAUACAAAAUAAUGUUUAACAAAAGAAAAAAAAAACAACAGCAAUGUUUAUGUACAAUUCUUAUAAACAAUAAAGAUAGCUUCUUGAACAUUUCUCAUAGUGAAGUUUUUGAUUGUCUAUAUUUCUGGAUAUACAUUUUUACGUUUUGUAGGGUUUUUUUUUAUUCACAAAGGUGUUUUUCGGUUUUAAAGGAUGUGAAUUUUCAGUUUCAAAACACGACUGCUAUAUUCUGUUUAACUUUUAAACUUCUAAACACAAUACAAAAUAUAAAAUAAAUUUGUUUAGUGCUUUCCUGCACACACAAAUCUCAAGCCAGAGAGAUCAAUAAAAUAUCACAUUUUCCGAGUUCACAGGGAGGUGAGAACCUACUCAAACUACUUAAUGGCCUUUACAUUCUGACAGUUUUUAGUCUUUGUACAAACCACAUGUGAAAUAAAUAUCACUGCACUGCUAAAGCUAGAAGAGCUUGGAGGACCUACUGCAUUAUGCACAUUGCAUUAAAAGAGAAACGAGCUCUUCGCAUACUUAGACUCAGCAGCCAUCCCUUAACCAUCAAGACAAAUAUCGACGAGUAAAAAGAUUUAGGAAAGAAAGAUGAGUGUCUUUUACACAUGGCUGCAAAAACCGCAACAUUGAGUAAUACCAGCACGUCUUCAGGUAAAGCCGUUUUCUGUGGCACACUAGAGAGGCAGGUGCAGCUGGCAUGCGUGGUUUCAGCUGCCGCCUGGAGUUUUUGGGUAUUGUGACAAUCCAAACAGAGAAAUGAGAUUUGAACAAGUCAAAUGUUUAAAUGCAGAAAAAA